AUGUUGCAGCUUCACAGAACAGCCCAACGGAGUGUUUCUCGUCUCCGUCAAUCCAGAUUCCCUACUUCCGUUUCAAGCUCGAGGGCAUCUCAGUUUCCUACAUUCUCUCAGUUUCAACGUGGUUAUGCAUCCACUUCAAAUGAGCCCUACGACGUGGUAGUUAUAGGGGGGGGACCCGGUGGAUACGUGGCAGCCAUUAAGGCAGCACAACUCGGUCUCCGAACCGCUUGCGUCGAAAAGCGGGGAUCGCUCGGAGGGACUUGCUUGAAUGUGGGAUGCAUCCCAUCAAAGGCCAUGUUGAACAACUCCCACCUAUACCACCAAGCUCAACAUGACUUCAAGAGGAGAGGGAUUGAUGUUUCCGAAGUCUCCCUCAAUCUCCCGACUAUGCUUUCCGCCAAGGACGCAUCAGUCACCGGCCUCACCAAAGGGGUCGAAUUCCUCUUCAAACAAAACGGGGUCACAUAUGUCAAGGGCACUGCUUCCUUCCAAUCACCUACCGAGAUCUCUGUUGUCCUCAACGAGGAUAACUCAACGACUACACUUACUGCUAAAAACACCAUCAUUGCCACUGGUUCUGAGGUCACACCUUUCCCAGGUGGUGCUGUCCCAGCUAUUGAUGAAAAGGUUGUAGUUUCUUCCACCGGUGCUCUCUCUUUGGAGAGAGUUCCGGAAAAAAUGGUUGUUAUCGGCGGAGGCGUUAUUGGAUUGGAGUUGGGAUCGGUAUGGAGUCGAUUGGGGGCAGAGGUUACGGUUGUAGAGUUCCUCGGAAGUAUCGGUGGCGCGGGUAUCGACGAGGAGGUAGCGAAGCAAUUCCAGAGGUUAUUGCAGAAGCAGGGCUUGAAGUUCAAGUUGAACACCAAAGUAGUCGCUGGUCAGAGAGUGCAGAGCGCUAAUGGGGAUGGUGUUGUGGUCAAGGUCGAAGCCGCUAAGGGUGGCAAAGAGGAAGAGAUUGACGCCGAUGUUGUUCUCGUUGCUAUCGGCCGACGACCAUACACUGAAGGCCUCAAUCUAGAAGCUAUUGGCGUCGAGGUCGACCCCAAGGGCCGCAUCAUCAUUGACGAUCAAUUCAACACCAGCGUUAAAGGCAUCAAGUGCAUCGGAGAUGUUACCUUCGGCCCCAUGUUGGCGCACAAAGCGGAAGAAGAGGGUAUCGCCGCUAUUGAAUAUAUCAAGACUGGCCACGGUCACGUCAACUACAACGCUAUCCCUUCGGUCGUUUACACACAUCCAGAGGUCUCAUGGGUAGGGAAGACUGAACAAGAACUCAAGAAGGACGGUGUCCAGUACAAUGUUGGCAAAUUCAGCUUCACAGCCAACUCUCGUGCCAAAACCAAUCUUGACACGGAUGGCUUUGUGAAAAUCCUUGCCGAGAAGGAGACUGAUCGUAUUCUCGGUGUCCAUAUCAUCGGUCCCAACGCUGGCGAGAUGAUUGCUGAAGGAGUAUUGGCUAUGGAGUACGGUGCUAGCGCCGAAGAUGUGGCGAGGACAACUCAUGCUCAUCCCACGUUAAGCGAAGCCUUCAAAGAGGCAUGUAUGGCCGCCUUCUCCAAGCCCAUACACCAGUAG